GCCCGCCCCGCCCCGGCGCGCAUUUCCAUUUUAAACCGCCGCCCGCUCGCCCGCCCCUCGACCGACCGCAGCCGGCGCAGCUACCCGCGCGCCCCGUUCCCCGGGAGAGGCGGAGGCUGCGGGACCGCCGAGCUGUGCAGGAAAAGGCCGUGGGAUGCGCUUGGGCCCCGCGCCCUAGACAAUGAAGCCGCGGGCACCGCCGCCCGCAGUGGGCCCUGCGCGCCCAGGCCGCACCUGCCGGCGAGGCGGGUUCCGCGCCUGAGCGCCCGCCCGGCCCCUCAUGGCUCGGCUCCCCGGUCGCGGACCCCGGCACUCGGGCCGCGUGGCGCGCGGGCGGGCGGACUCCAGGGGCGCUGUUCCCGCAGCCUAAGCGCGGGCCUCGCUGCACGCGGGGGGCGUGGGCGCCGCUCCCUGCCGGCCCGGGCUCUGCACCUGGCCGGCUCUGCGCCCGCGGCGCGCGUCCCGACGGCCGGCGGUGCUGGAUGCAGUCGGGCCUGGGAGAGCGGCGCGGCGGCCGCGGCCCCUGGGGACAUGUACCUGCUGGACGGCAGCGGCGAGCCCGCGUCGCCGCCCGCGGACGCGAUGCCGCGCGGGACGCCCCCCAGGAAGACCGUCUACCGUAUCUCGGUGACCAUGGUCAGGAAGGAGCAGCUGGCCGCUCCUGUUCCGCGCCCAGCUCGGCGGCCCCGGCCCGCACGUUCUCCAGACGCGCCCGAGCGGCUGGAAGAGGAGGCCGAGGAGGCGGCGGCUGAGGAUCCUGAGGCCGGGCCGCGCGCCUGGGACUUCCGCGCUUUCCGCACACGCAGCACCGGGCAGCUGGAGCUCGGGCGACUGCGGCCAUGCACACGCGGCGCGGAGCCCGUGGACCUGAUGGGAAGCCCUUCGGCCGAGGGACCCAGCAGCCCCGAUGGGGAGGAGGCUCGGGCCGCGCCCCUGCGGCGGAGCCUCAGCUUCAGGCACUGGAGCGAGCCCGAGGCGCCGCGGAGCCCUGCGCUGAGCGGCGGGAGGCGCCACAGCAGCUCUGGGAGCCUGGCAUGGGCGCCUGACGACGAGGUCGAGGCGGACACCGCCCCGGAGCCAGUGGCCGGAGUGCAGCCCGCGGCGGAGAAGCGCAACACCUUGGAUGUAGGCGAGGUGCUCAGCAAGAACGAUGCGCUCUCGGACCUGGAGCGCUGGGAGCGCAGCAAGAGCAAGAACCGCACGCUAGACAACAGCGACCUGCAGCGGCUAGAACGUGCGCGGGCCGCGGCCGCCGGCCCUGGGGCAGCCUCGGAGCACCGGCUGCUGCGCUUCUUCAGCGGCAUCUUCGCGCGCAGGGAUGGCGGGCCCUCACCCCGCGGCGGUGCCCUGCGCUCCCGCGGUUACUUCAGCCUGCGGAGGGCCCCGGCCGACACACACUCGUCCAGCGCAGAGAGCAUCGAGGGGUCCCCGCGCAGAGAUGCUUUCGUGAACAGCCAGGAAUGGACACUCAGCCGAUCUGUACCGGAGCUCAAAGUGGGAAUUGUGGGUAACUUGGCCAGUGGCAAGUCUGCACUGGUGCACCGGUACCUGACUGGCACAUACGUGCAGGAGGAGUCUCCAGAAGAUAUGGACGCAGGUGGCAGGUUCAAGAAGGAGAUUGUGGUUGAUGGCCAGAGUUAUCUGCUGCUGAUUAGGGAUGAAGGGGGCCCCCCUGAGGCACAGUUUGCCAUGUGGGUGGAUGCAGUCAUUUUUGUCUUCAGCUUGGAGGAUGAGAUCAGUUUCCAGACUGUCUACCAUUACUAUAGCCGAAUGGCCAACUACAGGAACACCAGCGAGAUCCCACUCGUGCUGGUGGGGACCCAGGAUGCCAUAAGCUCCACCAACCCUAGAGUCAUUGAUGAUGCCAGGGCACGGAAGCUCUCCAAUGACCUGAAGCGGUGCACGUACUACGAGACGUGCGCCACCUAUGGGCUCAACGUGGAGCGGGUCUUCCAGGACGUUGCCCAGAAGAUUGUUGCCACAAGGAAGAAGCAGCAGCUGUCCAUAGGCCCCUGCAAGUCCUUACCCAACUCUCCAAGCCACUCCUCUGUGUGUUCCGCCCAGGUGUCAGCUGUGCACAUCAGCCAGACGAGUAACGGAGGUGGGAGUUUAAGUGAUUACUCCUCCUCCGUCCCGUCCACCCCAAGCACCAGCCAGAAGGAGCUUCGCAUCGACGUCCCUCCCACCGCCAACACCCCAACGCCUGUCCGCAAGCAGUCCAAGCGCAGGUCCAACCUCUUCACGUCUAGGAAAGGGAGCGACCCAGACAAAGAGAAGAAAGGCCUGGAGAGCCGCGCGGACAGCAUCGGGAGCGGGCGAGCCAUCCCAAUUAAACAGGGCAUGCUGCUGAAGAGAAGCGGCAAGUCGCUAAACAAAGAAUGGAAAAAGAAGUAUGUCACCCUGUGCGACAAUGGUGUGCUGACCUACCACCCCAGUUUACAUGAUUACAUGCAGAAUGUCCACGGCAAAGAGAUUGACCUCCUGAGAACCACUGUGAAAGUGCCAGGGAAGCGGCCACCCCGAGCCACGUCAGCCUGUGCACCCAUCUCCAGUCCCAAAACCAAUGGCCUGUCCAAGGACAUGAGCAGUUUACACAUCUCACCAAAUUCAGGGAAUGUCACUAGUGCGUCUGGGUCUCAGAUGGCAAGCGGCAUCAGCCUGGUCUCCUUCAGCAGCCGACCCGACAGCACGCACCAGCGCUCCUACUCAGUCUCCAGUGCCGACCAGUGGAGCGACGCUGCAGUCAUUGCAAACUCAGCCAUCAGCAGUGACACGGGGCUGGGUGACUCGGUGUGUUCCAGUCCCAGUAUCUCCAGCAGCACCAGCCCCAAGCUUGACCCGCCCCCCUCCCCCCACGCCAACAGAAAGAAACACCGGAGGAAGAAAAGUACCAGCAACUUCAAGGCUGACGGGCUCUCAGGCACUGCUGAAGCCAAACGCAAAGCAUGGAAACUAAACCGUGUUGGUAGCCUGCGCAACAUAUACAGCAGCAGCAGCACCAACACUGAAGAGCAAGAAGAAAACUUUGAGUUUAUCAUUGUGUCCCUCACUGGCCAGACGUGGCACUUUGAAGCCACCACAUACGAGGAGCGAGAUGCAUGGGUCCAAGCCAUCGAGAGCCAGAUCCUAGCCAGCCUACAGUCCUGUGAGAGCAGCAAGAAUAAGUCCCGACUGACAAGCCAGAGCGAGGCCAUGGCACUUCAGUCCAUCCGGAACAUGAGAGGGAACUCCCUCUGCGUGGACUGUGACGCCCAAAACCCUAACUGGGCCAGUUUGAACUUGGGAGCCCUCAUGUGCAUUGAGUGCUCAGGGAUCCACCGGAAUCUUGGCACCCACCUCUCUCGGGUCCGAUCUCUUGAUCUUGAUGACUGGCCCAUGGAGCUGAUCAAGGUGAUGUCAUCCAUCGGGAAUGAGUUGGCCAACAGCGUGUGGGAAGAGAGCAGCCAGGGACGGACAAAACCCUCAUUGGACUCCACAAGGGAAGAGAAGGAACGAUGGAUCCGGGCUAAGUAUGAACAGAAACUCUUCCUGGCCCCACUGCCAUGUACGGAGUUCUCCCUGGGCCAGCAACUGCUGCGUGCCACUGCCGAGGAAGACCUGCGGACCGUCAUCCUGCUCCUGGCACACGGCUCCCGGGAGGAGGUGAAUGAGACCUGUGGGGAAGGAGAUGGCCGCACAGCACUGCACCUGGCCUGCCGCAAGGGCAAUGUGGUCCUGGCUCAGCUGCUAAUCUGGUACGGGGUGGACGUCAUGGCGCGCGACGCCCACGGGAACACGGCACUGGCCUAUGCCCGGCAGGCCUCCAGCCAGGAGUGCAUUGAUGUGCUGCUCCAGUACGGGUGCCCCGAUGAGCGCUUUGUGCUCAUGGCCACCCCCAACCUGUCCAGGAAGAACAACAGCAGGAACAACAGUAGUGGGAGGGCGCCCAGCAUCAUCUGAGCUCAGCCAGCACCGGCCCUGGGAUCCCACGCCCGCCCGCCCGCUCUGGACCCACGGUCGGCACAGCACGUGAGUCCCUCAGUUCCCUCCCUCCUCCCGGUGGUCUCGCCCACCCACCUGCCACUCACACACCCCACAUGACGUCUCCAAACCUGGACAUCCUCAAGGGGAGAAGAGGAGGCUGGAGGCCACAGAACCGAACCCUUUUCCCACACUCCAGAGGCAACGCAGGAGGGACCACAACGCAGGAGGGCUUUGAGGAUGGCACACGACGGGGGACCCCUGUCCCGGUGACCUAGAGCACAGGGGGAGGGUAGCAAGGAGAAAGGGGCAGCUUCCCCUAACUGGCGGUUAAGCACAUCAGUACAUUUCACCUCCACCAAAAGGAGGCUUGGAUUUCACGUCUUCUCUGGGGAGCUUGACGGCAUAAAUCAGAAGCAAGCACAGUUUGUCAGGUCUGAAGCCCCUAUGAUGGUAGGUGUCAAAUCAGUUGUAGCUAAUCUGUCCAGGGAGAAUACUGGCUUCAUUACACUUGUACAGUCGGGUACCUCCAGCAUUACCGCUGUUUAAUAGAACGUGAUUAGUCAUCACCAGGAAGAAGGCAGAUUAGCCGAGGAGGUAGUUACACGGCACGCUCUGGUGAUUGCCACGAUGUGAUUGCAGUGCGCUUGGAAGCAUCAUAUUAUCCCAGACAUGUCUCUCCAGCCCUUGGAGCCCUCCUUUCUAAAUUCACUGUCAUAAUUUAGUAUCUGUUUAAUUUUUCAGUCCAAAGAGAGGAAAUCAGUUGCCUGGUAUUAUUUGACUGCAGUCUCCUUCCUUGGUGCAAAAACAAAAUGGAAAAAAAUAAAUAAAUAAGAAUAACUUGGAAAUUCAAAAAGAAAUCAUGAAUCCAGCUGAAAAUAGCUUCUCAAGUAUGCUCCAAAACUAAGUAAAUAUAGAGAAUGCUAAUUUUUUUCCCUAAGAGAGAUUUUCUGUCCUUUGACCACAAUGGAUACGUCAGGCCUCAGUCACUCCCGAUCCACGAGGUCUGAGUUACCCGAGUUUCUGUCGUAGAGAAGAUGUGUGAAAAUCUAUUUGAAUAAAAGAAGUUCAUAAAUAUGCAUUGAUUUUUGUGCAGACAAAUGGCAUCUCCCUUAAUUUAUAAAUUGAGCUGGAUGGGGACUAAUAAUGUGCAACUAGUUGAGAUCAGAGGGUUACAGAUCAUUGUGCAUGGGAAGUGCCCCCAGCAGUAAACACUUCCAUUAAUGUGAUAAACAGCUUUUUAAAAGGUGCAUAUCAGAAGAAGAUGGGGGUACAAUUUGCUUAUUAAAACCAGGAAGGGAAGGGGGAGGGGAAGGAACGUGUCCUCAUCCCAAAGGCAGGAUGUAGAGCCAAGACCACUCUUCCCAAGCAGAAGCGAGGGGCUGUGGUAAGAAGGGGUGAUCUAGGGACCACCACCCAUAAAGGCACCCUGUGAUGGCACAGCCGGCCCCCGAGAGCCUGUAGACUCCGUACGGUCCACCCCGAUGACUGGUUUGCCAUCGUAGGUCACGGGGUGCACCAGACACCGGCCACCUUCGGCACGGUGGUCAAGAACACCAAACCGUGUUCUUUUAAAAAAAAUGAGGGGGCAGCCUUGCAUGGGAGCCCUCUUGGCGGUGUGGCAGGGAGAAGGCCAGCACCCUGGGGGACAGGACACUGGGCAGAGCCACCCCCGGCACCUGUGGAGAGGCUCCUUGCUCUCAUAUAUUGAACUUUAUAUUUUAUAAGAGUUUUUCCUCUUCUUUCACUUUUUAAAAAAAAAAAAAAAUUUAAGUAGAUGGGAACAGAAGUAAAGCCUUGCGCAGCAUUUCUAUGUGGGUAAGUGUCUCGUGGAGAUCUCCAGUCUCAACACAGCUGGAACUGCCCAGUAUCCAAAAACGUCACAGGUGCGAAAGCCCCAGGGCUGAGACUCCUGAGCUCAGAGCCACAAGCCCUACAUUUGGUUUUUCAUCCUGCUCUUCUCCGUCACUGUGUCGUUACUUUAAAUGUGAAUAGAGAAAACAAGCUGCCAUUGCCUAUUUUUGAAGAAUGCAUUAGCAUCUGACCCUGCCAUCCACAUUCGCCUCCACCUAGCCUUUACCAUAGACUUCUAUAGAGAACACAGAUAGAGUAUAAACGAGAUUCUUAAAUUAUUUCAGUGUAGUUAAUUUCCACUAUAGGAGUGCUUUUAUCAUAGGGGAGCCCACUGCAGGAAGGAAGUGGGAUCCUUCCUAAAGCUUCUCUUUGGGGUGUAUAUGAGUGUGUACAUAUUCUUACGUGUUUAUACUAUGAUAUUUUCCUGAAUGACCCUUGUCUCACAUCGCCCUCCACUGCCUGAAUGCUCAGUUGCUCGCUCUGGUCCCCCCCGCCUCGGUCACUCCGACGUCAUCAGUUCUUCCUCAGAGCACGGCCCUCCCCUGCCCCUGUGAGCUGUGCUGACCUGUCCAAGGAGUAGCCCACUUUUCCUAAGCCUGACUUUUGACAACAGAGAGAAUGGUGAUCGGGGCCCCUAGGGUUUUCUGUGCAGAUAAAGGAGAGAAGAGGCCUAGCCUGUGCCUCUAUUUCCCCUUCAGAUCCGAGUCCUCCCCUCAGUGACAACCUCCUUUUUCCCAUUUUCCAGCUGACUCUAAGGCUGAGGUCACCAAGGUCAGGGGUGUGGGGCAGGGAGUUGGGGUUUUAUGGAAAACUCUGCCACACUCAGCACUUCCUUGAGUGGGAGACACUUUUUAAGGAGCAUGUCAGAAGAAGGUAGGUGGUACAGUGGACUUACUAAAAUCAAGACAGGAAGAGGGACAAGUCAGAGAAGCAGGUUAAGUGGGAAGGAGCAUGGGAACUCUCAUUCCGGAUGCAGUGUUAGAGCUGAGACCACUUUUCCGCCAGGAGUGAGGGCCUCUGGGAAGUGACAGAUGUGAGAAACCCCUGCAAACCGUGUAACCUUUUGUGCUCAAGGUGAAUUUCCUCCCUUAUUGAGAAGUAGUCACCUGGAGGCAGGCAGCAAACGGGCCUGCGACUUGCCCAUCACCUGUCCUGGGGAGGUGGUCUAGCCUAUGGCUACCUCUGCUGAAUGCCUGAUGUCCUUCCCAGGCCUGUGAACAGUAUCAGGGGAGGAAAGUGAGGCCCUCCUUAUUCUCCCCACUUCUGAGAAAGCCCCCCCCCCCCCCCCCGCGCGCAAUUUGUUUGUCUUGCUUUAUGGAGAAGAGCUGAGCACUGCUCUCCUACCAUCCCCAAGUGUCACUCAGCCUGAAAUGAGCCUCCUGUCCUCCAACCUUGUCCCUCUGCUGUUGGCUCACCAAAUCUUCUCCCUGCAGUUCCCGCGCGCGCGCGCGCACACACACACACACACACACACACACACACACACACACACACGCUGUCAGUGCGCUGUUCCCAUUAACUUUGAGGAUCAUAGCACCUCAGGUCCUGGGCUUCACUGCCCCAAUUGUUCCCAGAAGAGCAUGGUCAGAGCGCUUGGUAGCAUCCUGCCCUGUCAAGACCCACAGGGAGUUUGUGUCUGAACCUGCUGGCCCCGAGCCUGAGCGGUGCUUAGUUGUCAAGGUUGCUACCAUCCUUCCCUGUAUUCAGGCUGUUUGAUGGCUGAGAUGGGCAGUCUCCAUCCCUCCUGGGGACACAACAGCGCCACAGGGAGGGGGGGAGGAGGGAGGGCAGCAGCAUGCCAUCAGGACCUCCAAGCUGCCAGGAGCCUGAGGUUUUUGAGAGGCAAGCCCAUGCCUUUUGGUGGGCUCUCCUCAGCUCUUCGUCCACACCCUACAAGGUCCCUGAGGCUUUGCUAGAACCCUGUCAGGCUUGUAUUUAUGACUUUGAAGCAAACAAUUUGAAAAGCAGUCAGGGAGGAAAUUUACAGAAAUGUGACACGAUGAACAUCUUUCCUUAAAAAAAAAAAAAAAAAAAAAAACGGUUUAUCCCCCACUGCUUCUGUUGUGAAGGCACAGCUGGAGAUGAUUCCACUCCUGCCACUCACUAGGAAGCUGUCAGGGCCAUUGGUAUCCCAUGUGCAACCUUCUCCUCCAUUGUGUCUCUUGGAUUCUAAGUGGCCCCACCCCUGCCAGGCUUGGCUAGCACACCACGGUCAGAUGGCCGUUGGAUGGGAGAACCCCGUGAUCCAGCUGUUUGUGGGCGCUGAGGUAGAUGGGUUUGGGGCCAAAACGUAACAUUCUUCCUUGAGACGUGAGAAGGGAAGGGGGGGGGGCGCAGCUCCUCUCUGCAGCACGGGCCCUCAGGCUUUCAUCCCACCCCUGGAACCAAGAAGCAGGCACAUCUGUAAGAGAAGCCAGCACCCAAAGUCAGGGCUCAUCUCUCACCUCAUGGGGGAAGAGGGGGGACCUCCGGCCAUCUGGGCCCUUCGUGUUUCAGGACACAGUCUCUCCCUGCCCAGAGGUCCUGGCCUGAUGGAGUUUUUUCAGAUGCUAAGAUUGCUGUUGAGAUUCUGUGCCUGCUGCUCUUUAGACACAGGUUUGCACCCUGAGUCAGAGUGGAGCAGACAGAACAUUUCAUAGUAGAUGAUUAUAGACAGCCAGCAAAAGCUUAUGUCCUUCGGUUUUAGCAGACUCAGGUCAGGUGUAUUUCUGUGCCAUCCGCCUGGUGACUCCCUGCCCCAGGCAAUGCACAGGGAGGUCUGUGGAGAAGCUGCCCCCUUGCCCUCAUCCCAGGAGGCCAGUUUUCCUAACGAAGAGCAGGAUUUAGUUUGGGGUUUGCUCCUGUCUGGUCAAAGCGUUCUGAGCUGAGGCCUCUUCCGUAGAGGGCCUCAGGUAGGUGUGGGCACCCAGCACAGGCUGCCCCUCUAGGGUCCAAGCAAGUGGCCUUGGCGAGUGAGAGAGAGGUCAGCUCAGGGCUUGUCUUUAUUUUGCUGGGCACAUGGCAUCUGCAGGGGACCCCCUGGGGGUCAUGAAUCAAGCCAUAGGAUGGACUCUCCUGCCAUAGGGGAGGACUGAUCUGGAAUUCUGUGUGCAGGGAAUUACAUAACCUUUGUCUUGUGGGUGAAAUGAAGGAACCAAGAAGUGUGAAUGGGUGGGGGUGGGAUUAGGCCCAGAGGAGAGCCCCUUGGCACACUGCUGCUAGGAACCCUAGGAACCCAUCCUAGGAUCACAUUGUACCCCAAUGUCCAGGUUCAGGACUAUAGCCACACUAGCCCAGUUAUUAGUGUGACUGUUAGAGCGGGCUCUCAGAUGCUUGCAAAAAGACAAACUUAGCAAACUGCUGGGUGGGUCAUGUGGACUAACUGAGGGCAUUGAAGAGAAAGACCUAUAUAGCCCCAAACAGAACUGUAAAUAGCCCUCUAUCCAUAGCUGAGGGGCUGGUAAGACACCUGACCCACCUGCCUUUUCAGGAUGGGCAGAGAAGGGGCCAAGGAUGCUGUGCAGUCCAAAUGUGGCUUCUGGUUCCUGCUCUGGCUCACACAUUUUGCUCACCUACCAGGUCCUGCAGUUUUCUUAUCAGGGUGGUACUGAGGGUACCCAGGGCAGCUGAGUGGAGACCUGGCUUUUGUGUGACGGGCAGACAAAAGAUACCUUCAAAAUGUCCCUGUGACCAGAAGGGAAAGACAUCUGCACCUUCCUAUUGAAAAUAACCCUCCUUUUAUAGGUAAAAACCAUCCCUUCCCCUCCCCACAUUGUGGGGUUUUAUUUGUUUGGUGUUUUGUUUUGUUUUGUUUGAGGGGGGUGGUAGUUUUCUUCUAAAAUGUAUCAGUUCUCAAGAUGAGAACUGGUCCUCCAGCCCUGAGCCCUGAGAACUGAAAGGGUAUUGAGCUCCAGGAAGGCACAGGAAGUGGCCGGCCCCUUACAGUGGCCUGAGGCUGGACCUGCAGAGGACAGUGUCCCCAGCAUCCUCUCUUGCCCUCUUCCCAUCCUCUCCCCCAGGUCCCCCGAGUCCUCAUCUUGCCAUAGGAGCCUCUCUGCAAAGAGAAAACCCAGGGCAAGGCAGGGUGCCGAUGGCACUUUUCCGGGUGGGGGCAAAGAAGGCCACCUCACCUGCCUAGACGCAUCUCGAAGGUUGAAGCACAGUGGGGGCUUCUCCAGAGGGGGGUGGUCCGUCUGGGGCAUUUUGAUAUUACCUCAUUCCAUAACUCCAUGUUUCCCGAUGACUGAUGGCUUUAUUUAUGCUGUUUGUCCUGUAAUUAAAAACCAUCCACAGACAUUCGCUCUGCUCAUUUGUCCAUGCGACCUUGUUCGGGUUCAAUCUGCUGGUUUGUAUUUUCUUGCCUUGGGAUUUUGUGUCAGCUGUACAGUAUUCUAAGGGGAAAAGCAAAGGAAAAGUGUGUAAAGUAAUGGAGAGAGGUGGCUAUAGUGUAGAGACCUCUUUCUAAUAAAGAAAUGAAAUAUGUAUA